GGAGACGGGAGCUUGUCUGGCGGGUAUCGCUACGCACUCGGGAGCGCACAGUGCUUUGACAGGACCUAGAACUAAAGGAGGAUGAGAGCCUUUUGAUCCAAUCGGACCCUAUUCUUGUGCAAUCAAUGGCGGCUGCUAAAAAGGGUGCAAAGCCGAAAGUGGCCGGGGUUCGCUUCGCUGCAGGAUUUCCUGAAGAAGGGGCGCACAAUCACGUCCAUUUUGAUGAACAGCUGCACGACUCGGUGGUUAUGGUGUCCCAGCAGGAAGAUGGGAAUUUUUUGGUCAAGGUGGGUUUCCUGAAGAUCUUGCAUAAAUACGAGAUCUCCUUCAGCUUGCCGCCAGUGCAGAGACUGGGGAAGAGUAUAUGCGCGGUCCCUCUCCCGACCCUCAACCUGAAAGUGCUAAGCAUAACCUCGCAGGCAGAAGGACACAGCAUUAAGUGUGAGUACACGGCGCAUAAAGAGGGCGUGCUGAAGGAAGAAAUGAUACUUGCAAGCGAAACCAACGACAAAGCCUUUGUCAAGGUGGUGGUUCAAGCAAGAGUUCUGGAUCGACACCACGGGACCCCGAUGCUGCUGGAAGGUGUCCGAUGUACCGGAACCGAGCUGGAGUACGACUCUGAGCAGAGCGACUGGCAUGGAUUCGACUAGAGGCGCCAAGCUAGCGAACAGGCCGAAGGUUUCCCAUGCAACUCUGCGUCCAACAAGAAAAGCCUGACAGCCAUAAAACAGGAUGGGAAUCUCUGACGUUGAUUAGCGGGUCAUUGUCCCGCCCCCUUCGGAGAAAUGUAGGGGCCCUACAAUGGGGCACCACGAUUGGUGGCUGAUGGAGACGAGGGGGAUCAGUACCGUUUGUGCUGGACUUGGGCCUACUCAUUGUCAGCUUGCACUAAUGUAACUAAUGUCCCGUGUUCCUGUCUGUUUCGUUAUUAUAGAUCCGGCGGCGGCCAUUGGUUCCGCUCUCUCUGCGUGUAACUUGCUUGUGUGCUGCAAUGUGUGUAGGACUGGCUGCGCCUAUCGCUGCUGAGUAUCUAUUUACCCCUAUGCUUUAUUACUCUGUAUGGUACAAUGGACAGUGGUACAAUGGACUACCUGAAGAAUGGCGGGAAUAGAGGGGCGGGGCUUGUUUUAGGUACCUGUAAUACAGAUGGUUCAGAAGUGGGUUUACGUUCUCUCUUUUCUUCCAUAGCGUCUACUUCUAACACUCGGCUGCAGUUUCAGCCUUGCUAAAGCUGCCGUUGUCUGAACCCUUCCAAAAGAAUCUCGUACAUGUUAAAGGGGAACUCCACCCAAAUACGACUUUAGCUUUUUAAACAGUAAACCUAAUUCCAAGCAACUUUGCGGUAUCCAUCAGUUAAAAAAUAUGCAGCCUUUUCAUGAUUUUAAUGUAAUAAUCUGGUUUGGAACGGUUCCCUAACCCCCGCCCCCUGUUCCCCUGCUGAUCUGGCUGACUACUUUGUGACUCGAAUAAAAUGUAACAGUAGU